UUGAUUUUAUUUGUACGCAGUUAUCGAAAAAUUCGACUUGAUUUUCUUUGCGACGUGCGAGAAAUCGGAUUUUCCUAAUCACAUACUCCUAAACCUAGAUUAAACGUCGUACUUCGUGAUGCUCUUGUUGCAAAGGAUUUUAUUCGCACUGAUGUGGUUAAACGGAUCAGUGUUUUCCUGGACAACGAUCCCGUCGCGAGCGAACGUUAGCCAGACACAGCCCAACGGGUGGCCUGGGCUGACAAGAGCCCCACGAGCCCGCCGUGAGACUCCCGACGCGCAAUGCUUCAUCUGCCUGAACGAUCGCUACACGCCUGCCUGCGCCAGCAGCGCCCUGUACUCUGCCACGCCCUCCACCCUUCCGGCUAAUGUCACAGUGGCAAAGUGCAAGCAUGGCUGCCUGGUGGUGGCAGAACUUGGCACGCGUUACCCUGGAUCAGCUCCGCGUGAGAUCAGCUCGGUCCGGCGCACCUGCGGUGACAACUGGGGAUGGAUCGACUAUACCGGCAUCUUUAACUUGACCCUGCCCCGCAGCGGGUUCAUGUGUAUGCACGCUGCUUUUGGGCGGCACAGUAUCGUCUGUCGCUGUUCGCUGACGGACUACUGCAACGGCCGUAUCACCGAGCGGGACAUUUACACCUUGGCGUACGAGAUGCCGAAUCCCGGAUGGGAGAUAUACUUUAACUACAAUCCUCCGGCUCCGCUGCCAUUGGCCGACAGCGUGAUACCGGCGAAUAAUCCCGUCGGAACGCUAUGGUGUAUAAGCUGUGGCAACUGCGUCCUCAGCAAUGCCACCCAGCUCCCUUUGGGCAUCAAGCGCAUCCCAUGCCGUCAUGGCUGCAGUAUACGCGGAAAAUAUUACGGCGUGUCGGAUAUGAUCGGCAAGUUUAUGUCGAUAUCCCGCGGAUGUGGUGAGGACCAGCCGAACUUUGAUCUGUUGAAGGGGAUGGAUCUGAGGUAUCCCUUGGCCAGUACGUUCCUGUGCACACGCUGGAUCAACACGAUUGCAAAAGUUCCCACGUAUUUGGUCUGUCGGUGUGUGGAGCAUAAUUGUAACUGGCAGCUGGACGUACCGGAACUGAAGACGAUGGGCACGGAGUACCCUCCCAACUCGUCGUUUUUGUGGCCACCCGUAAAGCCAACAACAACGCAGCCCACGACGACUUCAACUACGCCAUUAUCAACUACGCCGACAACGACGACCACGCGCACCACAAUUCCGAUAACUACCACAAUGCGCCCAACAACGACAACGAGGACCUUGCCAACAACCACCACAUUAACCACGACGCCGACAACAUCAACUACGCCGAUAAGGACGACCACGCGGACCGCAGUUCCUAUAACUACCACAAUGCGGCCAACAACGACGACGGCGCCCACAACCGCCACGACAACCACGACGCCGACAACGACAACCACUCGGACCACGCCAACCACGAGCAGUACUACGCAACCAACGACUACUGUGCCGACGACGACCACGACGACGAGAAGCAGUAGUGCGCCAGCGCCGAUUAGCACGACACCGACACCGACGACUCCGCCAACGGCACCAACAACGCCGACAACCGUAACGAUACCGACGACAACCGUUACAAGUACUGCUCGGCCGACUACUCCAACACAGACCAGUACACUGUCGCCUAGUGAAACAACGCCGGUGCCUACAGCGCCCGCAACCGUCUCGACGUCAACGACCACCAGCACGAUACGUCCUUCGUCCACGGCGACGAAUACCGUGCAGCCAACGACCACGAUGCCAAUGACCAUGAGAACAGCGGUGACAACCGUCGAAUCUUCGGUCUUUACUACGACGGCACCACCGACUUCGCCGCAGGAGACCACGGCACCAACCGCGCAGCCCACAGCACCGUCAACCUCCACGACAAUAAGCUCAACGGCCGAUAUUUCCACGGCUGGUGCAGGUACAGAAAGUUUGACAACGGCUUCGUCGCAGCCAGUAUCAACGUAUGAAUCAACAACAGCUUCAGUGUGGCCGCAACCCUCGACCACGACGCCCACAUCUACUGUCAGCUGGGACGGCAGGUCCACCACCAAUACGUCGACAUCAUCGUCAGCUACUUCCUCAUCGGAGCAACUGACGGCGGAGAUGGUGACCACAUCGAUGGAAGCGUCAACAACGGCCGCUUUCCUCUCUAGCGAUACUGUGUUUACGCGUCCAUCGCCGUUAAUCAGUACCACUACUGCAACCAUACCGACAACAACGCGGACUACUGGCCGACAUAUUACUGCACUAAAUUUCACUACGGAUGCUAUCGAUGCAGCAGAUGAAGACGACAACUCACUGCCCAUGAUUAUAAUCAAACCGGCGGCGCCACCUGUUCGGCCGAUUCUUCCUGUUUAUUUUACCGGGUAUGCACCACCUCCGGUGCAUCAUCAUACAGAAAUACAACCAAAUCAUAACAGCUGCUGGUCACUCCUGGCAUUUCGUCUGUGCCGGAAGUUCCCCUUCGUAUUUAUACGAUGAUACAAUCCGCAAAAAGUUGCGCCCGUUCCAACCGAGCGAGGACGAGCGAAACCCACCUUUUACGCAGCCAUUUGCGGCCGUUCUAAGCGGCUGAAGAUCUCCUUGUGAUCGACCAACGGCAGCGCGCCCCGGUUGCCCUUAUCGUGGAUCUCUUUAUGCGAACAGUAGUCAAAGUAGAUAUCCCUCAGAUUCAUGAUCUCCGCCAGUCGUACGCCCACGGCGGUAACGGUGGCGACAUCGUUGUGGCCCAUCCACACUUGCAGCCGGUACUCGUCGCCGCGGUUGCAGAAAUAGCAGCCGUUAACGCUGUCGUUGUACAGGCCGAACUGCUCGCCAAUUAGCGCCAUUAAAAUCUCCUUCCAGUAGAAAUCUACUUGGGCGGCUUGUUUACUACGCAUGGGAAAACUAUAGCGCCACAUUCCACCUGAACACAAAAACCGUUUUAACCAGUGAUAUGAUUUCCGCUUUGAAUAAUCACAGGGAUUAGUACGCGUAAAUCCUAACCACCUCAAAGACUGUUGUUCGUUUUGAGUUGUCCUUUUAUUUAUACAUCUAUUUGCCGAUUUUUAGUUCCAGGAUAAUACUACCGAAAGUUGGUUUUAAAAAUUUAUGGAUUCGAGUAACAAAUUAACAGCAGAAAGUAG